AUCAAAAACCAUGUUAUUCCAGCUAAACUAAACUGUUAGUCAUUGAUUAAGCUGACAUAUUCACAUAUUAAAAAAAAAAAGAGAGAAGUCACUGUAACAGGUGAAGAGUCACAGUAUCGUCUUCUGUUGUCUUCUCUCUCCCUUCAAUGUCAAGAAGCUAGGGUUUCUCUCCCUCCAAAAUCCCAUUAUCUGUUUCUCCCCAAAUCCCACUCCAUCACUUUCAAGUAGAGGAUACACUUAAGGGUUUAAGCUUCCAUGGCUAAAACCAGACCAGGAGGCCUCAUCUCCAAGCCUAAAACAGGCAAGAGGGACCUUGACUCCUACACAAUUCGCGGCACUACCAAAGUUGUCAGAGUGGGGGAUUGUGUAAUGAUGAGACCAUCUGAUACUGGUAGGCCUUCAUACGUGGCAAGAAUUGAGGGGAUGGAGGCUGACAGUAGAAACAAUGUGAAGGUUAGAGUGAGAUGGUACUAUAGGCCAGAAGAGUCUUUAGGAGGGCGCAGGCAGUUUCAUGGAGCGAAAGAGUUGUUCUUAUCAGAUCAUUAUGAUGUGCAAAGUGCUCACACUAUUGAAGGGAAGUGUAUAGUUCACUCUUUUAAGAACUAUACCAAGCUUGAAAAUGUUGGAGCUGAGGAUUAUUAUUGUAGGUUUGAGUAUAAGGCUGCUACUGGAGGUUUCACACCGGACCGUGUUGCUGUGUAUUGCAAAUGUGAGAUGCCAUAUAACCCAGAUGAUCUUAUGGUGCAAUGUGAGGGUUGCAAGGACUGGUAUCAUCCUGCUUGUGUGGACAUGACAAUUGAAGAGGCAAAAAAAUUGGAUCACUUUGUGUGUUCUGAAUGUGCAUCUGAUGAUGAUGUCAAAAGAUCACAAAAUGGGUUUUCAGUGUCAUCAGUUACUGAUGUCAAGGUAGAAAACAAGCGCCGGAAGAGAUGAGUGCAGUUAGUAGGUCAGUGAUUGCACAGGGAGACCUAAAUCUUCUUGCAGGUUUAGCUUGUAGAUUGUUGGUGUGUGAUGUAUAUUCCAAAUGACCGUGGUGUGCUUUGCUCAAACUGGGCUGUCAGUAGUUUCAUGUGUUUUUGUCUUGUGGAAUAUGUAAGUUAUGCUAGGUUAAGUUUUCAUAAAUCUACCCUGAAAAAGGUUUCAUUUUGGAUGUUUUUUGACAUCAAACCUAAUGCAUGGAGUAGACAUUCCGGGUUUCUGGUA